GGCCAGUACGGCAAUCGGGGGGCGCUGCGAGGGGACGUCGGCUUGCUCGUCUUUUACCAAAAUAUCACAGGUUACCAAGGAAUUCUCCCCAGGAGAAAGAGGUUGUGCGAAGGCCUCGACGAAUAAUAACAGAAGCAAGAGAGGGAGAGAAAGGGAAGGAAGGAAGGAAGAAGAGGGAUAUGCAAGGGAUGGAGAGAUUGCAUCGGAUCUUCUCGGGUGCCGGCGGGAUGGGCCAUCCGCCCACAGAUUCCCCCCAACUCGACUCCGCCGAGCAGGUCUACAUCUCUUCCCUCGCCCUCCUCAAGAUGCUCAAGCAUGGGAGAGCCGGGGUGCCCAUGGAAGUGAUGGGACUCAUGCUGGGGGAGUUCGUGGACGAGUACACCGUCCGGGUCGUCGACGUCUUCGCGAUGCCGCAGAGCGGGACGGGCGUCAGCGUGGAGGCCGUGGAUCACGUUUUCCAGACCAACAUGCUCGACAUGCUCAAGCAGACCGGAAGACCUGAAAUGGUGGUUGGAUGGUACCACUCUCACCCAGGCUUUGGUUGCUGGCUUUCUGGUGUUGACAUAAACACACAGCAGAGUUUUGAAGCACUCAAUCCAAGGGCAAUUGCUGUUGUAGUAGACCCAAUCCAGAGUGUGAAGGGUAAGGUGGUCAUUGAUGCUUUCCGCUUGAUCAACCCUCAGACAAUGAUGCUUGGCCAGGAGCCUCGCCAAACAACAUCCAAUGUUGGGCAUCUCAACAAACCAUCCAUUCAGGCACUGAUACACGGGUUGAACCGGCAUUACUAUUCUAUAGCAAUAAAUUACCGCAAGAAUGAGCUGGAGGAGAAAAUGUUGCUGAACCUUCACAAAAAGAAGUGGACUGAUGGAUUGAUACUUAGGCCAUUUGACACCCAUUCCAAAACUAAUGAGCAGACUGUCCAGGAAAUGUUGGAUUUGGCUAUCAAAUACAACAAAGCAGUACAAGAGGAGGAUGAACUUCCACCAGAAAAAUUGGCUAUUGUUAAUGUGGGAAGGCAGGAUGCCAAAAAGCAUCUGGAAGAGCAUGUCUCCAACUUGAUGUCAUCAAACAUAAUCCAGACUCUGGGGACUAUGUUGGACACUGUCGUGUUUUGAUGGCAGAUUUCAUUCAGAGGACAAACACUUGGUUCUGAUUGAAUUAUUGAAUGCUCCUAUGCUUUUUCUACAAAGAAAAAAUUCCGUCGAUGCUAGUGUUUAAAUCAAACAUUGGGGACUGCAAGUUAUCUUCUUGUAGUCCUCUAUCCUACUACUUUAACACAUUGCAGUGGUUAUAAUGUAUUGGUUAUUCUUACUCUUUGCCCA